AUGGGUCUCCUCGCUCUCGGCACGCCCCUCGUCUGGUCAGAGGCCAAGAAGCACGCAGACUACGUUCGCGAACACGGCAUCGAGCAGUUCUUGAACAUCUGGGAACGCCUCAAGGACAGGACAGGAGACAGGCUCUUGUGGGGAGACGAGAUCGAGUAUCUCGUCAUCUCGUUCGACGAGGCAAACCGCAACGCCUGCCUCUCGCUCCGACAAACCGAGAUCCUGCAGGACUUGCAGGCUGAUGCCGAGGCGCGGAGAGAGCGUGGGAAGGAUGUCGUGAACGGGAACGGGGCGGUUGCGACUGGGGCGGGCAAGGAAGCUUGCAUCCCCGUCUUCCAUCCCGAGUAUGGACGGUACAUGCUCGAGUCAACGCCUGGAGCGCCGUAUGGUGCGACAUUGGAGGACUUGCUGCUCGUAGAGGGCAACAUGCGCUUCCGCCGCAAGCUCGCCAAAUCCCGCAUGAAGCCGCACGAAGUCCCCCUCACGCUCACCUCCUUCCCCCGCCUCGGCGCGCCAGGACAAUUCACCGACCCGUACUACCCGCCUGGUGGAGGCGUUGCGAGGUCGUUGUUCUUGCCGGACGAGGUCAUCAACCAGCACGUUCGCUUCCCGACCUUGACGGCGAAUAUCCGACGACGACGCGGCUCAAAGGUCGCGAUCAACAUGCCCGUCUUUUUCGACGAGAAGACGCCGCGGCCUUUCGUCGAUCCGACGGUGCCGAGGGACAGAAACGAGUGGCCUGAGGACAAGAACGCCCGCGAAGGUGCCGCACUCGACGACCACAUCUAUAUGGACGCGAUGGGCUUCGGGAUGGGCUGCUGCUGUCUGCAGAUCACCUUCCAAGCUUGCUCGGUCGGCGAGGCGCGGAGGAUGUACGAUGCGUUCGUCCCCGUCGGGCCGAUCAUGCUCGCGUUGUCGGCUGCUGCGCCGAUCUUCCGGGGCUUGCUGGCGGAUGUGGACUGCCGAUGGGACGUGAUUGCUGGAAGCGUUGACGACCGGACAGAAGAGGAGCGAGGGCUGAAGCCUCUCCAGCACGACCGCUUCCACAUCCCGAAAUCCCGCUACGACUCCGUCGACUGCUACAUCGCCGACACGCCCUUCAACCGCCCCGAGUACAACGACAACAACAUGCCUAUCGACCCCAAGAUCCGCGACCACCUCAUCGAGCGCGGGGUCGACCCGCUUCUGGCGACUCACUUUGCGCACUUGUUCAUUCGCGACCCGAUCGUCAUCUUUGAGGAGACGAUGUGCCAGGACGACGCGAAGAGUUCGGACCACUUCGAGAACAUCCAAUCGACCAACUGGCAAACCGUCCGCUUCAAGCCCCCUCCGCCCGGCUCGCCAAUCGGCUGGCGCGUCGAGUUCCGGUCGAUGGAGGUCCAGCUUACCGACUACGAGAACGCCGCGUUCUCUGUCUUCAUCGUCCUCCUUACGCGGGCGAUCAUGACGCUUGGGUUGAACUUCUAUCUGCCUAUCUCGAAGGUCGACGAGAACAUGCACCGAGCACACCGCCGCGACGCCAUCAAUACCCAGAAGUUCUACUUCCGCAAGAACGUCUUCGACCCCAAGCCUGGCCACCCCUGCGACCCUUCUCUCGACGCUGUCGAGCCUCAGCCCGUCCCGCCUACCGUUGACGAUGCCACUCUCCCCUCCGCAUCUGCAUUCGGUCGCGGACGAACGAACGGAUUCGCUGCGCACGUCCGCGAUGCCUCCGUCGCUUCUUCCGACUACCCCGCCUCCCCGACCGUCUGUUCCUCACAUGCGCCCUCUCGCUCCGCAUCGCCAACCCCCGACAUCGCUUUCGGACCAGUCGAGGACGAAUUCGACGAGUUCUCGAUCAACGAGAUCAUCAACGGGUCGAAGGAGAAGGGCUUCCCUGGGUUGAUUGGGGUUGCGGAGCGGUACCUCGACGGGCUGGAGAAGGAGGGUAAGGUGAGCGAGGAGGUGAGGAAGGGGAUUGACAGGAGCUUGGAGUUGAUUCGCCGACGAGCAGACGGCUCGCUCAUCACCCUCGCGACCUACAUCCGACGCUUCGUCCGCUCGCACCCGUCCUACGCGCACGACUCGGUCGUUUCGCAAGAGAUCAAUUACGACCUGAUCCGCGCACUCGACGAGAUCGAGCAGGGCAAGCGGCCAGCUCCUGAGCUCCUGCCCGACGGAUGGCGGACAGGCUACGACGAGGACAAGAAGGGCAAGGGCGCGUUCGGCAGGUGUUGCGGAGACGUUGUGGGCGAUGUUGCGGCGGACGAUGCGCAGAGCGAGGGCAGCGACGGCUUGAGUGCGGGCGCAGCGGUCAUCGAGGACAAGGGGUUGUGCUGUGGGCCUAUGGAGCCUGCGCCGGCGGCCAAGGAGGCAUAG